AUGAAUCGUUAUUUAUGUGAACCGAACAGUUUAAUGCUCGAUAAUGCGACAGCUUAUCAUUUUGCACAAAAUUUAGGUGAUAUAUCAAUAUACUUAUUACCAAUAUUGGCGUUAGCUGGUAAUUCAUUGACAUUACUUGUAAUACUAAAAUAUCCACAAUUAAAUUAUUCCUCAUUUUCUGUAUAUGUUAAAUCAUUGGCUAUAUCUGAUACAUUGGUACUUAUUUUCAAAUUAUUUUCAUAUUUAAAUAAAACAUCCAAAUAUUUUUAUUCGUCAUCGUUAUGUACAAUAUUAGUAUUUUGUGGUGAAUCUAGUGUACUUUUAUCAAUAUGGAUAAUUGUUGUAAUAACAAUUGAACGUACAUUAGUUGUUCUAUUUCCAUUACAUAAAACAAAAUUUGCCUCAAAAAGUCGUGCACGUGUCAAAAUUACAAUCAUAGCAAUGAUAAUAAUGAUAUUUUCAUCUCGAAUUUUAAUUAUACCAAUGGAUACAUCAAUUGAACAAAAGAUUCGUUGUCAUCCUGUAGCAAGUUGGCAUUCCUAUAGACGAUUAAAUGCAACAAUAACAGAAUUUGGUUAUUGUUAUAUUCCAUUAACAAUUGUUAUCAUUGGUAAUUUUUUAACAAUAUGUACAGUUAAACGAGCAGUUAUUCGACGACAUGACAUGUUAACAAAUAAUUCUUAUCAACAAAAGCGUCAAACAGAUUCAAAUGAAAAUCAAUUAAUGCUUAUGUUAUUAAUUGUAACAUUAAUGUUUAUUGUUUAUUUUGUUCCAUAUACAAUAACAAAUGUUAUAUCACGAUUAGGUUUACCAUUUAAUUAUUGUUUUACACAAAAAUCAUUUGAAAUUUAUUUAGUAAUACGUUCGUUAGCUGAGUUAUUAAAAGAUUUAAAUUUUUGUACGAAUUUUAUUAUUUAUUGCGUAAGUGGACGUCGAUUUCGUUAUGCAUUAUUUUCACUUUUGAAAUGUCAUCAUCGUAAAUCGUCUGUUAUUUCAAGAAAGUUUAAAACUACUAAAAAUCGAAGUGAAUUUUUAUUGAAACCAACUCCUCAUCAACGAUGUUUUCAAAUAUCUCUAAAGCAUACAAUGGAAGAAUCUCAAUUUUAA